AUAUAGUAUCCGAACAAAAUACAACGGACCUACAAAGUGAUCAAAAAAUUCGCGGUUUUCUUGUCUCUGCUUCGUGAUUUCAUGUAACUAACGUUAUAAAUCAAUUUUUUUACAUUAAUUAAUUAAAUACCGCUUUUUAGCUUUAAUAGUGUAGUGUGUAACAAGUGUAUUGACUAUUAUAUGUAUUAUAUAGUUACACAAUAGUUGUAAUGAAUACGAUACAUUUCCCGUUGUAAACUUACAUGUCUGCUUAGACCAUGGACAGUUGCAACAUUAAAGUGGCCAUCAAAGCCCGGCCGUUAAACCACAAAGAACAAUUAGACGGUAGAAUUUACUGGAAAAUUGAAUCCAACAGUAUAAUUCCAAUCGACCCGUCCUCUGAAAAGAAAAAAGGAGAUCCAUUUAUUUUCGAUAGAGUAUUUGACUCCCACUAUAGUAACAAUGACGUGUUUGACGAGAUUGUCAAACCAAUUAUUGAUAGAGGUGUCCAAGGUUUCAAUGGCACAGUAUUUGCUUAUGGUCAAACAUCUUCAGGAAAAACAUUCACCAUGUCUGGAGACAGUUGGAGUCCUGGUAUAAUUCCAUUAGCUGUUAAUUAUAUGUUUAAUGCUAUGAACAGUUCAUCCAGUAGAGAGUAUUUACUCAGGGCUUGUUAUUUGGAAAUUUACAAUGAAAAAAUAAUUGACUUAUUAGAAAAAAAAGAUAACAAAAUACAAACAAGGAAAAUAGAAAUUCAAAAAGAUGGCUUACAUAUUACACCUUUAAAAGCUAUAGUAUGCCAAAAUGCCCAAAUGGUAAUUGAUCUGAUGAAAAUUGGUGAGAAAAAUCGUAGCAUUGGAGAAACAAAUAUGAAUGAAAGAUCAUCAAGAUCUCAUACAAUUUUCCGUAUUAUAUUAGAAAGUCGUAAUAUUGAAGACGAUUGUGAUGGAGCUUAUCAACAAUCUGUAAUCAAUUUAGUUGACUUGGCUGGAUCAGAAAGAACUAGUCAAACACAGCCAUCCAUGGAAAGAUUUAAAGAAGGUUGCAAAAUUAACAGCUCUCUGACAACUCUUGGUCUUGUUAUUCAACAACUUAGUGAAUGUCAAGACAGCUCUCAACACAUUAAUUUUCGAGACAGUAAAUUGACAAGAAUAUUACAAACUUCUCUUGGGGGAAACUCUCUUACGGCCAUUAUUUGUACAAUUACUUUGGCAGUUGAUGAUCAAACUCUCAAUACAUUAAGUUUUGCAUCCAGAGCAAAAAAAAUUAAGAACACUGCUAAAGUAAAUGAAAAUGUCACAGAUGAAACACUUCUGAAACGAUAUAGAGUUCAAAUUUCCAAACUUAAUAAGGAAUUGGAAGGCAUAAAACAAAACCAAUAUGAAAAUGACGAAGUAAAUGAAAUAAAAUACAAGUAUCAAGAAGAAAAACGCACCAACGAAGAGCUUAAGGAACGAAUUAUGCGUUUACAAAAAAACAUGAUUACUUCAUCAGCAGAAAAUAAAGAUCAAUCUCAAACAAAAAGAGGUUUCAACCGUAGACGUACAUGGGGUGGAAAACUUGAUAACACGUUUUUUUCAAAUAGCAUACUUGAAACUAUCGAAGAAGAUAUAAACUUACCACGACCUAGUGUACCCUCAAAUUUCGGAGUUUUAAACAAAGAAACAUUUAAGACACCUUUAGAACCAUUUGAAUGGGAUUUAAUUAGAGAAGAAAGAUGCACUGUAGAUCAAGAGUCUUCAGUAAUUAGCAAUGUAGAAAUUAGUAGUAUAUCUCCUCCACCAGGUGUAUGUGAAACACCACGAAAAGUUUUAAGAGAACGUGUUAACAAUUAUAAAAGCCUAUUUGAAAUGAGUUUGAGAGAAAACAAUGAACUGAGAGAGUUUACUACUCUUGAAAGACAAAUGUUUCAUGAAAAUAAUGAGCAAUUAAAAGACUUAAACAAUUUAAAAAAACAAGUUGAAGAACUUCAAAUUGCAAAAAAUGCAUCAUCAGAAGUGAUAGAAAAACUAAAAUUGUCAAUAAAUCGAAUUGAAAAUGAAAAAAGAGAUGUUGAGGUUAUUGCAGAAAUGCAAAAAGAAAAGUACGAAAAACGAGAAAAAGAACUUUUAAUCUCAAUACAGGAAACGAGGGAAGAACUUCUAUCUAAAGAUGAUCAAUUAAAGAAAAUAAUUGCAAGUAAUUCUGAUAUGACGGAGAAGUAUGAAGAGAUUAAAAGACUUGAGAUGAAAAUCAAAGACAUCACUCGACAAAAUAGUAUACACAUAAAAGAAAUUGAAACACUUAAAUCUGAAUUAUUUGAAAAAGAUAAUAAUUUGAAAAAUGAGUUAUCAAAGAACUAUAACUUGGUUACUGAGGUAUCUGUUCUUCAAAAGCUUGUUGCUGAAGCUCAAACUAUUCCUUAUGCUAUUAAACUUUUAGCUUAUGAUGAUCAUUUUGUUAUGAAAAAAAGUGAAAUUAAUGAGUUGGAUCAACUUUUAGAGCAGUCUCAUUAUACUCUAGAACAAUUACAAAAAGAAAAUCAAAGCCUAAAAGAUGAAAAUAAUAAUUUUAAACUAUUAUCUGCUAAUCACAUAAAUGAAAAAUCUGAGCUAAACAAUCAAAUUAUUGAAUUGAAAUCUCAGCUGAAUUUAAUUGAAACCAGUGUCAGGUCUACUAUUUCACAAUUUUGUAAUGAAUCUGAUCUAAACAAUUUAAGAAGUACAAUAGAUUUUGUAGAUUUAUUAAAAUUUGCUGCUCUACAUUUUGAUAACAAAAAUGAAAAAUUGGCUAAACUAUCUGAUGAAAAUUUAAAAUUAAAAGAAGAGCUUGGCGUAUCACAUGACAAAAUACCAGUAAUUGUAUCAUUUAUUCUUGAAAAUAUAGACAGUGUUCUCCUAUUUAUUGCUUCUAUUGAAGAAAAGUCAAGUAAAGAAAAUAGACAUAUUUUAAAUAUUGAAGAAGAAAACGUAUUUCUCAAGUCGAGCUUUAAAUCAUUUGAGAAGUUAACAUCUGAAUGUGCUAAUAUUAUUGAACAGCUUAGAGAAAAUCAGUUAAUUAAUCAAUUUGUUCGGGAUGAAUUUUUUGAAUGCAAAUUUAUUAAAAACGAACUUCAAUUACAAGUUAACCAAUCAAGUCAAUUGAUCACUGAACUUGAAAGUUCAUUAAAAAAUCAAACGGAUGUAGAGAAUAAAAUCCGCGAAGAGUUAAAUAUGAAGUUAUUAGAACUAGAAAAUGCCUAUACUGAGAUUGAUGCUAUCAAUACAACACAUGGUAACGCUAUUGAAGAGUUAAAAGGGUGUGUUGAAACCACUAAGCAAGAACUUGUAGAAAAAUCGAACACAAUUGUUCUAUAUGAAAAUUCUAAAUCUGAACUACUAUUAAAGUGUAAAGAAUUAGAGCAAAUUAUUCAGUUGAACGGUGAUGAUAAAUUUAAAUUGGCUGAAAAAGAAGAAAUUGAAAAGCAAUUAAGAACUGAAUUAUCCUCCAAAUAUAUAGAAUUAGAAGACGCUCAUAGUAAAAUCAAUGAUAUGCAAGAUUGUAUUAAAGAAUUAAAAACUAAAAUUGAAUUGAAUUUGGUAACUCAUGAACAAUUAAACAAUGAAUUACAAUCUCUAAUAUCUGAGGUUUCUAAUAAAUCAGAACUGUCUGUGAAUAUGAAUAGUACAAAACUAGAACUUAAUACAUUUUCAGAUGAAUCUAACUUUACUAACAAACUGAAUAAUGUAAGUGCCAAUUCAAAUAAAUUGAAAAACAACACUGAUAAAACUGAAAAUUCACUGACCCAAGUAAAUGAUUCGACAACUAUGAUUGAAGAUAUUAUAGAAGAAAUUAAACUUAACAUAUCAUCUAGUUUUACUGAAAAUCAAAAUAGUCAACUUCAGAUCGAACAAAUAAAUCACGAUGGAUGUUCUGAAGAAAUUAAACAGUUGACCACAGUCAUUAAUGGACUUAAGACUGAAUUAGAGACACAUACAUUAAAUGAAAACAAAGCGAAGUAUAUGUUACAUGAAAUGGCUAUGGACUUUGACUAUUCUAAUUCAAAGAUAAUUGAAAUAAAAUCUAUAAUAGACAAUUUAAAUAAUGAGCAUGGUUGCAAAAAACUGACGGUAGAGCAGUUAAGCACCGAUCUUGAGUAUCUUAAAACAGAACUAACUGAAAAAAACAAGUUAAUACUUGAGUUGGAAAACACUAAUUUAGAACUGCUUCAGAAAUGUAGUGAAUUUGACAAAUAUGAACAGCUAGAUAAAAUUGUUGAAGAACUUAAAUUUGAGGUAGAAACUAAAACAGAAAUUGAAAGUGAUUUACGGACAGAGUUAUCAGCAAAGUCUAAUGAGUUGGAUACUAUUCGUUCUAAAACUGAUGAUGUACAAAAUCUAAUGAACGAGAUGAAAAUUGCUGCAGAAUCUAGUGUUGUUAUUGUGGAACAAUUAAAUGAAGAGCUCAUUAUAGCAAGAAAAGAUCUUGCUGAAAAAACAAGCCUAAUAAAUGAACUGGAAAAUUGGAAAUCUGAAAAAGAAAAUUGUUCUGAAGAGUAUGAUUUACUUCACAAGACUAUAAUUGAUUUACAAGUUAAACUAGAAGACAUAAAGACAACCAAACAAGAACUUCAACAACAAUUACUAGCCAAGACAACAAGUUUAGAUGAUGCUCUUGUUAAAGAAAAUGAAGUACAAACAUUAGUAGAAAGCAUGGAAAAUGAAAUACAAACUAAUAUAACUACAAUUCAACAUUUAAAACAACAAUUAGAAUCUUUAUUAGCCGAAAAAUCCGAUAUUUUAGCCACAUUAGAAGAUACAAAAUUAUCACUUCUUGCUAAAUCUAAUGAAAUGGAUAAUGUUAUUAUUGAAAAACUUAAAUUUGAAGAAGAGUGUUACAAUUCUAAAAACUUGAAAAAUGAAUUUGAAAAAGUUACACAACAUAAUACUGUACUUCAGACUGAAGUUAAUGAAGUCAAUAAAAAACUCAUUGAUAUGUCAAAACACUGUGAUGCUAUAAAACUACAAUCUGACAAUAAAUUACAAAUUCAAAUUGUGAAUUACAAACAAUUACAAGAAGAAUUCACUGCUCUUUCUAGAGAUAUUGAAUUGAUUUUAGCAUUAAAAACUAAAACAGAAUUGCAGUUGAGAGAAGAAGUACAAUUUAAGUCUGGUGAGCUUGCUGAUGCUCAAAAACAAUUAAUGGAACUAAGCAUUCAACAUGAAUAUGAUAUAUUAGAAGAAGAGUAUAUGAUCAAGUCUCGUGAAUUUGCAGAAACACAAAACAAAUUAUUAUCUCUAGAAACAUUAUUAUCUCAAAAAGAAGAAAGUGAAAAGAUUUUGCAAGAUAAAUACAAAGCAAAAUGUAAUGAGUUAAAUGAGUAUAAGAGGAGCAUUGAAUUUUUAUGUUCAAGAAAUGAUUCAUUCCUAACUAGGGUUGAAGAUUUUGAAGAUAAUGUUUUGGUUGCUUUGAAUGAUGAAUUUGAUUCUAUGAAAUUGGAAUUAGAAAAAAAAAGUGAAAUUGAAUGUACACUAAUGAAUGAGAAAUCAGAGCUGGCAUUAAAUUUAAGUAAAAUUCAAGAUGAACUCCAACGUGUUACCACUGAUUUUAAUAUAGCUCAAGAUCAAAUCAUAGUUUUGAAAGCACAACUUGUUGAAGUGACUGCUGCUAGAGAAAGUUUGGUGGAUCAGUUAAAUGUUCUUGGAGAAGAAUUAAUAAAAUCCAAAACUACUAAUGAAAGUAUUAAUAACGAAUUAUAUGUUGUUAACAAAGAACUUGAAAAUAAUAAUUCGAAAAUUAGUUGUCUAGAAAACGAUUUGGAAACUUUAAAGUUGAAAUUUGAUGAAAAAAUUAAUAAAAACGAUAUAAAAGACGAUUCGGAGGCUAGAAAUCAGUUAAUAGAUCCUCUUGUCGACCACGUACAUGAAAUAAAACUAAAACUAACUGAACUUAAUUCUGCAAUGAUAUCAGGAAAUCAAAGUGAAAAACAAUUCCGAACAAAAUGUAUGGUGUUAGAUGAUAUCCUCCCAUUGGAAGAUGCAUGGAAACUUAGUUGUGGAAAUCAACCUGGAUCUCCAGUUGAGGAAAUUGAACUAGAAAUUGAAACGCUGCGUAAGGUGUUAGAAGAUAAGAGUAAUUUGGUUAGUUCACUUCAAGAAACUAAAAUUGAAUUGGAGAAAAAUAUUGCUGAACAACAAGAUAAAAUAAAAGAUAUAAUGGUAGAAAAUAAGAAAUUGGCUGAGCAAUUUAUGUCUGCAGAAAAUGAUUUAAAAGAUAAAUAUCAUCAAAUUGAAAAUUUGAAUGUUUUGUUAAAUAAAUUAAAUAAACAAUAUACUGAGAUGGAACAACUUAAUUUGAAAUCAAGUGAUCAACUACAAGAAACCAAGGUUGCAUUUGAAAAGAAUAUUGCUGAACUGCAAGAUAAAUUGAAGGAGAUAACAGUAGAAAAUGAUAAAUUGGCUGAUCAGUUGAAGUCUACAGUAAAUGAUUUAAAAGAAAAAUGUCAGGAAAUCGAAAAAUUAAAUAACUUAUUAGAUCAACGGAAUAAACAGUAUGAUGAGCUUGAAAAAAAUAACCAAGAAUCGAAAAACGAAGUAGAUCAUAGCUUAGAUAUUGAAUUAGAAUUAAGAAAUGGUAAAAAAAAUAUAGUUAACGAGAUUAAUCUUCUUGAACCAGGAAAAAUUACUGGGGUUCUUAUCCACCAUAAUUUGACUAAUUUAUUGGACACCUUUGUUGGUCUUAUAAUGACAAAAGAACAACAAAUUGUGACUGAUUUGAUAAAUGAUCACAAAAAAGUAAAACAGCAGUUUGAAGAUGAAAUAAGACAGCUCCAAGAAGAUAUUAAAAAAGCUAAAGAGUGGCAAGAACAAGUGGAAAGCGAUAAUGAAAAAUUAGGUUUAGAACUUGAAGAGCUGAAAUCCCUAAAACAGAAUUAUCCUAGUAGAGAAGUCGAAAUUAAAGAAUUAAAAGAACGAGUUGCUGAAGCAGAACUUCAAUCUCUUAACUAUUUCAAUGAACUAAAGGAAUUAAAAACCCAAAUAAGCAACACAAAUGAACAAAAUUAUCAACUUCUAUCGGAUGAAUUUGAACAGUUUAAAUCAAACACUGAGAACUCUAUGCAAGAUCUAAAGAAAAAACUUGAAGAUCUCACAAAUAUUUAUAACGAAUCAUUGCAGUUGUAUGAAGACCAGAAGAAUCAUCAUAUUGUUCUUAAAACUCAAUUAACAGAUGCUCAGUCAGAGUGUUCUUGUUUAAAAUCUGUUAUCGAAGAAAAAGAAGAGUGUAUUCAAAAGUUAGUUCAAGAAGUUAUAGUAAAAUCUAAAGAGUAUGAAGCUUUGAGUGAAAAAAAUACUUUACAACGAGAAGAAAUAAUAGCCUUCAACUGUAAAAAAAUUGAUGAACUUCAACUAGAAUUAAAUGACAAAAUUCAAAAAUUAUAUAAUACUGAAAAAUUACUUAAAGAAACAACUAAAAACUACAAUGUUCUCCACGAAGAAAACAAAUUACAUCUACAGCAAUUAGAAAAUUUACAGUUUAAUGAUGGACCUGUGUCUGAUAAACUUUCAGAACUUGAGCAGAAUUUAAACAAACUAGUUGUAGAAAAUAAAAAGAAAAUAGAAAUUGAAAUGGAAUUGACUGAUAAAAUUGAAAAAUCCGUAGAUCAAUGUUCUAUUCUUACUAAAGAAUUGGAAAUUAAUAAAUCAAAAGUUAAUGAGCUUGAAAAACAAUUAGAAGUCUGUCAUCAAACUAUUAAACUGAAAAAUGAUCAAUUGGAAAACUAUCUAAUGAAAACAAAGGUCAAAGAUGAUGAUUAUAUUGAAUUAAAUGUGGUUACUGAUAAAUUGAGAAAGUUGUUUAAAUCAACAAACUCUUUAUCAGCCCUUCUUGAUGAUGUUGGAGUAUUGGUAGCUAAAUGUGAGUGCUUAGAAGAAGAAGUCGAUGAUCUGAAACGUCAAAAUAUGAAUUUAGAUAAUGAGUGCGAGACAAUGUUGAUAGAAUUAAAAAGUAAGGAUGAUAAACUUCUUGAGUUCUUAACACAGGAGGAUGAUUUAAGAAAGGCAAAUGAAGUGUUAACAGUGGAAAGAGAUUUCUUGAGGAAUAAAUGCGAUCAAUAUAAAAACAUUAAUGAUGAUGUGAAAAAACUAAACGAAGAGGUGUGUAAUUACCAGCAAAGCAUUUAUCAGUUACGAAAAGAGAAAGGUCAAGUUAUUCUUCAACACGACAAAGAAAUAAAGCAAUUAAAAGCAGAGCUAUGUGAAGUUCACGCAAAGAACUUGGAAUUGCUUAAUGAACAUAAAAAACUAACUGAAAAUGCAAAAAAUUUGGAAAAAUCUCUAAAGGAAGAUAUACAACAACUAAACAGAUGUAUUGUUGAUAAAAACGCCAAAAUUUCAACACUUGAGUUGUUUUUUAAAACCAACACCGAAGAACUCAAGAACAAAAACCAAGAUUUAGAACAUGUUUACAAAAGAGCUAGAGAAGAGAAUCAUAUGUUGCGUAAAGAAAUGAGACGCUUAAAAGAAAUUACAAGUGUAAGAAAAACUGAACAAUGCACUCAGACUGUUGAAGAACAAAGUGUUGUGAGUAGUGCCAUGGUUGCUGGACAUAAAAGCAUGAUGGAAAAAAUUGCUAAAUUAGAAAAUGACAAUUAUGUUAUGAAAAAAAUGUUACAUCAUCGUAAAAUUAAAAUUGAAGAGCUUCAAAAACAAAUUGAGGAGCGACCUUGUUAAUUUUGUAAAUCUUUACUUAUCAAAUUAUUACUAAUAGUUAUUUUGUAAUAUGUUUUUUAUAAGAAAUAGCUUUAGGUAUGCGUAUGACACAUUUUAAAAUUUAAUAAAAUAUGUGAUUAAAUUUUAAGCUUAAUUAUUAUAUUAUUAUUUAUGCUAUAUGUAUGUUUUUGUAGUAGUGAGUUCUUUAAUCCAAUGGGGUAUUUAAUGUUACUUAUUUUGAACAAUUUAUGUGAUAAGCUAAAAAUUAUAUUUAUUUUUACACUCUACACCGUCAUGUUUUCUUUAAUACUUUUCAUAUGUAUAUAAUAUAUGUAUACAGGCAUUUUUGCCUAGUAAUAUCGGCCCAAUAUAUUAUACCUAAGUAAUUCUUGUUA